UGGCCCCACCGACUUGAAUGUUCAAGUCACACAACCCUUUCAUUGUUGAAAUAAUUUCCUGUAGUGUCAAUUAGUGCAUUUGUGUGCAUCAUUUUCCGGACUCUGGUAAGGAAUGGUCAGCAAUCUUUCUACAAUUACUAACAGUGGUAGGUACUGCAAGUUAGAGAGGGAAUUGGAGGGUGCCAUCAUGAAGAGUAAGAAGCCAUGGCUCUUAUUCGCUCUGCUUCUAAUAAUCCUGUCCUGUUCCAGAGAACGCUUCUCCAUAGCAGCUGCUGGUGAUACACUUUCAGCAGGCCACUCUCUUUCUUUUUCGAAGGACGAGACCAUAGUAUCUAAAGGUGGUACUUUUGAGCUGGGUUUCUUCAGACCACGCCAUUCAUUAAAAAUCUACCUGGGCAUUUGGCAUACAAUUACGUUUGGAAGGACGAAACAUGUUUGGGUAGCAAAUAGAGAAAAUCCUUUGUCUGACCUAUUUUCCCCAACACUUAACCUCUCAGAAGAUGGCAAUCUACGCCUGUUUCAAGGUUCCUCCAAGAUCCCAGUUUGGUCGACAAAUUUGUCGACAUUUCCCAAGUCAAAUUUGACUGAAGCAGUACUUCUUGAUGAUGGGAAUUUUGUUCUGAGAGAUAGGUUGAACCCGUCUUCUAUAUUUUGGGAGAGUUUCGACCAUCCAACCGAUACAUGGCUGCCAGGUGCAAAGCUUGGGAUCGACAAGGUUACUGGAAAACCACAGCAGCUCAUUUCAUGGAAAAAUUCAGAAGAUCCAUCACCUGGUGUGUUCUCGUAUGGGCUAGACCCAAAUGGAAGCAAUCAAUAUUUCUUAGAGUGGAACAGAUCCCAAAUCUUUUGGAGUUCUGGACUUUGGGAUGGAAAAAUAUUCAGCAAUUUUCCUGAGAAGAGAUCGAAUCAUAACUACAGUACUUUCAGUUUUGUGUCAAAUGAAAAUGGAAGAUAUUUUACUUAUUCUGUUUAUAAUCCUCCUUUCCUUUCUAGAUUUGUGGUGAGGUCUUCAGGAAAGUUCGAGCAAUUGACGUGGCCGGAUGGGCAAGAGAAUUUAAUUUGGUCUCAACCGAGGCUACAAUCUGAUGUCUAUGCUUUGUGUGGUGCAUUUGGCGUGUAUCAUGAGAAUUUCUCGAGCUCCUGUGAAUGUCUAACAGGUUUCGAACCAUCUUCGAAGAUGGAAGACACCAGUCGUCUAAAAGAUUGGUCAGGUGGGUGUGUGAGGAAAUCUCCUUUGCAAUGUGAGAAUAAAACGUUUGCUAAUGGCAAAAAAGAUUGGUUCUUGAAAAUAUCAAACAUCCGAUUGCCUGUUUAUACGAAACCAUAUUUGGCUGUGAAAGCAAGCAGAUGUGAACUGGCUUGUAUGGAAAAGUGUUCUUGCACAGCUUAUGCUUAUAAUACUAGUGGGUGUAUGAUAUGGGAAGGAGCUCUUUUGAACUUGCAUCAACUCUCAGAUGGUGGCGAGAUUGGACAGGCUAUCUAUCUGAAACUUGCCGCUGAUGAUCAUCAAAGCACCACAGGCAAAAAAUGGAAGGUGUGGGUAGCUGUGCUGGUCCCAGCAACAGGGCUGCUCUUAUGCCUCUUCAUUUGUUUUUCAUGCAAAGGAAAACUUAGAAGCAUAGAUCAAAUAGGAUCAGGCAAUAAUCUACUAUUAUUUGAUUUCGAUACGGAACUCCAUGCAAUCAAUGAUGGAAUGAACACCAACAAUAAUCUGAAUAAAAGAGAGAAAGAUACCGAGUUACCACUAUUCAGUUAUGAGAGUGUAUCAGCUGCAACCAAUAAUUUCUUAGCUGUGAAUAAGCUUGGAGAAGGAGGCUAUGGACCUGUUUACAAGGGGAAAUUACUCCAAGGAAAGGAAAUUGCAGUGAAGAUGCUAUCAAAAAGAUCUGGACAAGGAAUUGAAGAGUUCAGAAAUGAGGCAAUACUAAUUGCAAAACUCCAUCACAGAAAUCUUGUCAGACUCUUAGGUUGUUGUAUCGAGCGAGAAGAAAAGAUAUUAAUAUAUGAGUACAUGCCCAAUAAAAGUUUGGACUUCUACCUUUUCGAUCCAACCAAGAAACAGAUGUUAGGUUGGGAGACACGCAUACGCAUUAUUGAAGCACUACUUCUUGAUGAUGGGAAUUUUGUUUUGAGAGAUGGGUCGAACCAGAGUCUUAUAUUUUGGGAGAGUUUCGACCAUCCAACCGAUACAUGGCUGCCAGGUGUAAAGCUUGGGAUCAAUAAGGUUACUGGAAAACCACAGCAGCUCAUUUCAUGGAAAAAUUCAGAAGAUCCAGCACCUGGUGUGUUCUCGUUGGGGUUAGACCCAAAUGGAAGCAAUCAAUAUUUCCUAGAGUGGAACAAAUCCCAAAUCUAUUGGAGUUCUGGACUUUGGGAUGGAACAUCUUUCAGCAAUAUUCCUGCGUUGAGAUCGAAUUAUAACUACAGUUCCUUCAGUUAUGUGUCAAAUGAAAAUGGAAGAUAUUUUACUUAUUCUCUUCCUAAUAGUUCUGCCAUUUCUAAAUUUGUGAUGAGGUCUUCAGGAAAAUUCCAGCUAUCCACGUGGCUGGAUGCGCAAUGGAAUUUAUUUUGGUCUGAACCGAAGGUACAAUCUGAUGUCUAUUCUUUGUGUGGUGCAUUUGGCGUGUAUCGUGAGAAUUUCUCGAGCCCCUGUGAAUGUCUAACAGGUUUCGAACCAUCUUCGAUGGAAGACACCAGUCUAGAUGACUGGUCAGGUGGGUGUGUAAGGAAAUCCCCUUUGCAAUGUGAGAAUAAUACGUAUGCCAAUGGCAAAAAAGAUUGGUUCACGAAAAUAUCAAACAUGCGAUUGCCUGUUUAUUCGAAACCAUAUUUGGCCUUGAGUGCUGGGAAAUGUGAACAGGCUUGCAUGGAAAAUUGUUCUUGCGCAGCUUAUGCUUAUAAUAGUAGUGGGUGUAUGAUAUGGGAAGGAGCUCUUUUGAACUUACAGCAACUCUCAAAUGGUGGCGAGAUUGGACAAGAUAUCUAUCUCAGACUUGCUGCUGAUGAUCAUCAAAGCACCAAAGGCAAAAAAUGGAAGGUAUGGGUAGCUGUGCUGGUCCCAGCAACAGGGCUUUUCCUAUGCCUCUUCAUUUGUUUUUCAUGCAAAGGAAAACUCAAACGCAUAGAUCAAACAGGAUCAAGCAAUAAUCUACUAUUAUUUGAUUUUGAUACGGAGCUCCGUGCAAUCAAUGAUGGAAUGAACACCAACAAUAAUAUGAAUAAAAGAGAGAAAGAUGCCGAGUUACCACUAUUUAGUUAUGAAAGUGUAUUAGCUGUAACCAAUAAUUUCUUAGCUGUGAAUAAGCUUGGAGAAGGAGGCUAUGGACCAGUUUACAAGGGGAGAUUACUCCAAGGAAAAGAAAUUGCAGUGAAGAUGCUAUCAAAAAGAUCUGGACAAGGAAUUGAGGAGUUCAGAAAUGAGACAAUACUAAUUGCAAAACUCCAGCAUAGAAAUCUUGUCAGACUCUUAGGUUGUUGUAUCGAGCGAGAAGAAAAGAUAUUAAUAUAUGAGUACAUGCCCAAUAAAAGUUUGGACUUCUACCUUUUCGAUCCAACCAAGAAACAGAUGUUAGGUUGGGAGACACGCAUACGCAUUAUUGAAGGCAUUGCUCAAGGGCUUCUUUAUCUUCAUCAAUAUUCAAGGUUACGAAUCAUACAUAGAGAUCUAAAACCAAGUAACAUUCUCUUGGAUAGUGAAAUGAAUCCAAAAAUAUCAGAUUUUGGCAUGGCUCGAAUAGUUGGAGGCAAUGAAACACAGGCAAACACAAAUCGAAUUGUUGGAACUUAUGGAUACAUGUCUCCCGAGUAUGCUAUACAAGGUUUAUAUUCGAUAAAGUCCGAUGUUUUUAGCUUUGGAGUAUUGCUACUGGAGAUUAUAAGUGGCAAAAAGAAUACUGGCUUCUUUAACCAUAGUUCACUUAGUCUUCUUAUAUAUGCUUGGGAGUUGUGGAGAGAUGAUCGAAGUUUGGAGUUGAUCGAUCCAACAGUAGGACAUCCUUCUUCCAGUUCUAUUAUGUUGAGAUUCAUUAACAUCGGCCUUCUUUGUGUCCAAGAAAGACCGACUGAUCGACCUACUAUGCUUGAUGUAGUCUUAAUGAUUAGCAAUGAGCAUGCACUUCUACCUACCCCCAAGCAACCAUUCCAGAAUAUGAUGGACACAAAUUCAACAGUUGACAAUGCAGAAAAUUACUCAAAGAAUAGCGUAACUAUUUCAACAAUGGAAGCCCGUUGACUGAUUCCUAUACCAAAGAAAAUAAAUGUUGUAGAACCAAUAUUUUUGUAUAAUUUGUAUGCAUUUUGAUAUGUUACAUACUUGUCACUAAAUGUUGUCUUAGUUCACUCA